AUGAGGGAUGUGCUCAGCAGUGCUCUUAGCUCUGCUGCUGGGAGUAGGGUCCUGGAGACCUUCUUGGAGUUCAUCCAGCAACCAUCAUGCAAGGUGGUGCUGGGAACUAUCCUCUUGCUUGGAGGCGGAGGCCUUAUUCUGUGGACUCAGAGAAAAAGGAGAAGGAAGACAUCCACUCAGUCUCCACGAAAUGAAUCACCAGAAUGCCGCAAAGCGAAUGACAACUGGAUCAAAUCUCAUUUUAGCCGCCUUUCUGACGAGAAGCUGGUCUCCACCAAAUGUGUCGGUGUCAACAACAAUGCCUCCCAAUGCUUUGGGAGUGGGAGUGGAGAGGACAACACCACUAUUCGCAUGGAGACUAUUACCACCAAGCAAGGAGAGGAGGGCACAGCUAUGCACAGGGAGUCCUUCACCAGCAAGCAGAAGAUGUGUGGGCCUUCAGUGAUCAAAGAGACCCUCAAAGAAUCUGGAAAAUCCUCAUCCACAGAUGAGGCCAUAUGGGCUGCCGUGGUUGCUUGUACCAAGGAGAUUGAUACGAAGGGGCAGCGCCUGGCUAACUCUAUGCUGCAGCGAGCCACAGCUUACCAGCACUCAGGCCACUUGGAGGCCAAGGAUGUCACCCCAGAGGAACUGAAGGCCCUCGAGGAAGUGGAGAUUAAGCUGAAAGUGAAUUUCCUCGCCCAGAGGGAAGACACCAUCGCUGGUGCCAACCACCCACACACUUUCCGUGGCCACAGUCACCAUGGCCACCAGGGUCGUCCUGGCCACAAAAGCCAACAUGGUCAUCUAGUUUACCCGAGCCACCAGGGUCAUCUGGGCCACCCAAGCCAUCAAGGUCUUCCAGGUCACCCAAGCCACCAGAACCAUCCAGUCCUCUCAAGUCACCAAGGUCUUCUGGGUCACCCAAGCCACCAGAGCCAUUCAGUUCACGCAAGCCAGCAGAACCAUUCAUGUCACUCAAGCCAGCAGAGCCAUUCAGGGCACCUAAGCCAGCAGAACCAUUCAGGUCACCCAAGCCACCAGAGCCAUAGUGUGCCCAGUCGCAGCCACCAAAACUGUGACUCUUGAAGGCACCUAACCAUGUACCCCUUCCCCCAGCAGGGCUGGCCCACAUACACAGGCCUGUUUUCCCUCCUUUUGGGAAUCCUCUGGGCCCAGGGUGAGAUGCUGCUGCCAAAUCCCUUCUU